AUGCCCUCGACCAAGCGCACCGCCGACUCGGCCGUCAAGGUCCGGGACACCAUCACCCUCGACUCGGACUCAGAAGACGACGACGACCUCACCAUCGUCGCCGCCUCGCUCACCAAGCCCGACAACGGCGAGACCGAGUACAAGCCUGAUGCCACCGCCGACGGCGACAACGGCACCGCCGACAAGGUCGAAGCCGCAGAGCCCACGAACGAGGUCGACUUCGACGCCGAGCAGCGCGCGCGCGUCAAGAAGAAUAUGUGGGCCGUCGUCGAGAAGGUCAAGAACAUCGUCGACGAGAUGUUCGACACCCUCCUCAAGAGCCAGAACCGCGACGUCGAUGCCGCCGACGAGGCCGAUGACGACGACGACGACGACGAGCUCGCCAUCACCGGGUCGGCCAAGCGCAAGCGCGGCGACAAGGCCAACGGCGCCGGCCGCAAGAAGAAGAAGGUGACGGCGGCCGACCUCCCGCCGAUGGAGUUUGAGCCGAGCGCGCAGAUCUCGGGCGGCACGCUCAAGGACUAUCAGCGUGCGGGCGUCAACUGGUUGUGCACGCGCUACGUCUACGCCAUCCCGGGAGCGAUCCUCGCCGACGAGAUGGGCACGGGCAAGACGCUCCAGACCAUCGCCGUGUUCGCCUUCAUCCUCGACAACUUCUACAAGCCCGAGGACCAGUCGACCGACAAGCCGCUCAUCGUCGUCCUCCCCAAGGCCGUCCUCCGCAACUGGGAGCGCGAGCUCGAGAGGUUCGCGCCGUCGAUCCCGGUCCUCGUCUACGCCGGCACGCCGGAAGAGCGCGCCGACCUGCGGCAACGCCGACUCGGGCUGCGCGGCAUGAACAACGCGGCGCCGUUCAAGCGCAAGGAGCAGUUCCCGGUCAUUCUCGUCACGUACCAGAUCCUCCAGCGCGACAUCAACUGGCUCUCGCAGCUGCAGUACUGGGCCGUCGUCUGCGACGAGGCGCACCAAGCCAAGAACAAGAGCAGCAAAAACUUUGCGACGAUCAAGCGCCUCAGCACCGAGUUCCGCCUCCUCCUCACGGGCACGCCGCUGCAAAACAACCUCAACGAGCUCUUCACGCUCCUCUCCUUCGUCUUCCCGCAAGUCUUCACCGACGAGGCCGCCUUCAUCGAGAUGUUCAACUUCAAGGCCGUCACGAGCGGCACGAGCCUCGAGCUGUCGGAGCAGACCGAGACGAGCUUCCUCGCCAAGAUCUUGACCGAGAUCCUGUCGCCGUUCACGCUCCGCCGCCGCAAGAAGGACGUCGUCAAGGACCUGCCGCUCAAGAAGGAGUACACGCUGCACGCGCCGCUCACCUCGCUGCAGAAGGAGCUCCUGGCCGCCGCCAACGUCUCGCCAAACGCCCUGCGCGACGCCAUCCUCAACGGCAGCACCAUCCCGGCUUCGGCGCUCCCCUCGAUCGCCGACUCGAGCUCGACACCGCGCAAGCGCACGCGCGGCAAGCGCGACAUCGACAUCAUCAACCCGGCGCUGCUUCUCGACGAGCACGGCCCGUCGAGCGCGGGGAGGAAGCGGCGCUCGCAGGCGGUCGCGAGGAGUUACUCGGACGCGAUCGAUGCGGCGGACGACGAGGUCUUUGAGCAGCAGCUCGUCAGGAAGGCCGAGGAGGAGGAGAGGAGGAAGGAGAAGGCGGCCAUGGCCAAGCUGCAGGCGGGCCACUCGAGCGACGUCAAAGGGCAGAUCAAGCGCACCAAGUUCUCGUCCAACCUGACCAACCUGCGGUUCCUCGCCCUGCACCCGCUCCUCGCCUUUGACGACCGCCAGUACCGCCAGCGGCCCGACGAGGACGUCAUCAGCCUGUCGGGCAAGAUGAUGCUCCUCGACCGCCUCCUCCAGGGCCUGUUCGCGCGCGGCAGCAAGGUCCUCAUCUUCUCUCAGUUCACCAAAAUGAUGAACUUGCUCGAGGACGCGUUCGACCUGCGCAAGUGGGACUAUUACCGCAUCGACGGCGCCAACUCGGCCAACCAGGAGGAGAUCGAGCAGUUCAACACGACGCCGUACGACCCGGAAGGCGUCAACCUCUUCAUGCUCUCGACUCGUGCCGGCGGCGUCGGCAUCAACCUGGUGGGCGCCGACACGGUCAUCCUCUUCGACUCGGACUUUAACCCGCAAAACGACCUGCAGGCGAUGGACCGCGCGCACCGCAUCGGCCAGACCAAGCCGGUGCUCGUCUUCCGCCUCGUGUCGGACGGCACGGUCGAGCAGGCCGUCCUCGAGACGGCGACCAAGAAGCGCAAGCUCGAGAGGGUCGUGCUCGGAGACGACUCGCUCGCCGGCAUGAACAAGCUCGAGCGCAAGCCCAAGGGCGGCAAGAAGGCGGCCGCCGCCGCCAAGCUCGCCGCCGAUGCAGCGUCGAGCGAGGUCGACAAGAAGGGCAAGGAGCAGGCGCUCGAGCGCAUGCUCAAAGAGGUGUGGAGCGUCGAGGGGCAGAAGGUCCGCCUCGCCUCGAUCGGCGACGAGGUCCUCAGCGACGAGCAGCUCGAGCAGCUGCUCGACCGCUCGGACGCGACCAUGUCGUCCUCGGCGCCUCUUGCCGGCUCGACGCUCGGUGCCGCCGCCGAGGUCUUUGCGACCAACGAAGCCGAGGACGGCGAGGAGGGCGCCGACGACAAGAACGAGGUGAGCGACCUCCUGCGCGAGUUUGCCGGCGGCGGACCGGACGAGUCGGUGUCGGCGAGCGCGACGGGGAGCGAGGCCGAGGAUGAGGACGGGCACGAGUGAGG